GCUUCUCCCGCCCCCCGCGGGGGAAAAAAGGGUUACGCCCCUUGGACCGGGCAUCACUUGGGACAGCUGGGUGCUCCAGCUCCCGUUGCUCCCGGCGCCACACUCUCUCAGACUCUUUCCCCUGUCCCGGGAGGAGCCGCCCCGGGAACGGUGUCAGGCCGGUGGAGGGCGUAGCUUUUUAAGUGAGAUUCCCCCAUCUCCUGCUUCCUUCUUGAUCUGAACUGAAGCGCGCGGGCUUAACAGGCUCAGGGCAGGACGGUCAGGGUUAAUGCUUGACUAAUGCCGGGCGUUAUUUACACCCACAUUGUGGAGUUUCAUAGCUCCAGUCAGGCCUGGUUUCCCUUUGGUGUGGAUAUCCAGCAGGAAGCAGGGGACAUAAGAGAACCCCGAGGAGAAAAGUUCAAGCGUUUGCUUUAUGUAUUUAUUUUUCCACCUCGAGACAUACAAGUACAACGCCGAAACAUGGCUGAAGGGUAUCCCAAACUUUCAGUAUUUGUAGCCCCCUCUUGAUUUUCCCAUUUAGUGACUCAGCAUUUUUGCUGCAGUUUUUAUAUAGUAGGUUGAUUGACGAAAAACUAUGGAAAGGAUAACAGUAGGUGCUAUUCGAGUUGUGUUAUCACAGUGAGAAGAGGUGUAGUCAGGGUAUCUGGGCAGAUACAUUCUUAAUCAGUGUUUGACGUUUUCUCCCCAGUAGGUGUGAGAAGCUGUAAUUACUGAAGAGUGCAUAGUGUUGCAGGAAGAGUUAGUUGGCCAAGUUUACCGUGGCUUGAAUGUCUUGCAGAGUUAGCCCUCAUUAACCAGCAUCACCCUCUGUUUAAGAACUACAGAGAGACGAUGACCUGGUAUUUAAUACACUCAUGCCGAGUGAGAAUUUCGGAAAGUGUGAUUCAUGUAGGAAGUUAGGUCACACUCACUCUGACUCGUCGAUCGGGAUCUUCACAUUGAAGUAGUAUGUGGGAAGACAAAUGAAGGGAUUUAGAAACCAAAUAAAUGCCAGUGGAAAGGAGAGCUACCAUCACUAAGUGCUGAACACGAGUAAACUCAUUUUCAGAGUUAAAAAAUUAUUAAAAAAACAAGAUGGGGACUCCUGGUUCUGGAAGGAAAAGAACACCAGUGAAAGAUCGAUUUUCUGCAGAAGAUGAAGCUUUGAGUAACAUCGCCAGAGAGGCUGAAGCAAGGCUAGCAGCAAAGCGGGCCGCCAGGGCAGAAGCAAGAGACAUCCGCAUGAGGGAACUGGAACGACAGCAGAGAGAGCCUUCUCAUCAUUCCUUUGACCGGAAAUGGGGAGAGAUUCACAAGUGGCUGGAAGAUUCAGAAAGGGCCCAGUAUUCUCACCGAUCUGGUUACCGAUCUGGUUACCGCCGUUCUUACCUGGGAGUUGAGGAUACAUUGUCUCUUCGAAGCCUUGGCAGUCACAGGAGUUCAUCGAAGGAUAUUACUGGAACACACUGGAGCAGAGCCAGUACGCCCAAGAGGAGAGACAUGAUGUAUGAUUCCAUCAAGGACAGAUCAUCAAGAGUUUCAUCAUUAAGUCGUUCUUACAGUCACAGCCUUGGGAUGAAGAAGCGACCCUCUGGUUCUCAUAAAGACCCACUGAGUGGCCUCUACUUUGACCAGAGAAACUAUAGCAGUCUUAGACAUAGCAAACCUGCCUCUACCUACUAUUUCCGGUCUUCUUCUCUGUGUAGUGAGCCGAUGGGGACAUCCAAGAGUCAGAGCAGGGCUUCCCCUACUGUAACUUCUGGUCUGCUGAGAAGUUCCAGUCUGGCGUCAUUGCAUGGUGGUGGAUUAUAUAACCCUUACGGUUCGCGAACUCCGUCCGAAUACAGUUACUGCUCAUCCAGAGCAAGUUCCUCCAGAAGCAGUCCUGUGCCCUUCGAUGAUGACACCGCAAGCAUUGUGUCUUCUGAUCGUGCCAGUCGUGGGCGAAGGGAGAGUUUGGUUUCUGCUGCUGAUUACUUUAGUCGCUCCAAUCGUAGGGGAAGCAUUGUCUCUGAGGUGGACGAUGCCGGCAUCGCAGACCUGACCAGCUUGGAUGAAAAAUCUGACAAACAGUAUGCUGAAAAUUACACAAGACCCUCAUCUCGAAAUUCUGCGUCAGCAACAACACCUCUAAGCGGAAACUCAUCCAGACGGGGUAGUGGGGACACCAGUAGUUUAAUAGACCCAGACACCUCGUUAAGUGAACUGCGGGACAUCUAUGACCUGAAGGACCAGAUACAUGAUGUAGAAGGGAGAUACAUGCAGGGGCUUAAGGAACUGAAGGAGUCUUUGUCUGAAGUAGAAGAGAAGUACAAGAAAGCCAUGGUGUCCAAUGCACAACUAGACAACGAGAAGAACAAUCUGAUCUACCAGGUGGACACCCUCAAGGACGUCAUCGAGGAGCAGGAGGAGCAGAUGGCAGAGUUCUAUAGAGAAAACGAAGAGAAAUCAAAGGAGUUGGAACGGCAGAAACAUAUGUGCAGUGUGCUGCAGCAUAAGAUGGAUGAACUGAAAGAGGGCCUUCGGCAGAGGGACGAGCUCAUCGAGGAGAAUCAGCGCCUCCAGCAGAAAGUAGACACCAUGACAAAAGAGGUGUUUGACCUUCAGGAGACCCUGCUCUGGAAAGAUAAAACAAUUGGGGCCCUAGAGAAACAGAAAGAACACAUUGCCUGCCUCAGGAAUGAGCGAGAUGUGCUCAGAGAGGAGCUGGCUGACCUGCAGCAGACGGUGAAGACAGCAGAGAAGCACGGCUUAGUUAUAAUCCCAGAGAGUACUCCCAAUGGCGACGUCAAUCAUGAGCCUGUGGUUGGAGCCAUUACUGCUGUGUCUCAGGAAGCUGCUCAGGUCUUGGAGUCAGCAGGAGAAGGGCCACUAGAUGUGAGGCUGCGGAAGCUUGCUGAGGAAAAGGACGAGCUCCUGUCACAGAUUAGAAAACUGAAGCUCCAGUUAGAGGAAGAACGGCAGAAGUGUUCCAGGAAUGAUGGCAUGUCCGGGGACCUGGCAGGGCUGCAGAACGGCUCCGACUUGCAGUUCAUCGAGAUGCAGAGAGACGCCAAUAGACAAAUUAGUGAAUACAAAUUCAAGCUUUCGAAAGCAGAACAAGACAUAGCUACCUUGGAACAAAGUAUCAGCCGGCUUGAGGGGCAGGUGCUGAGGUACAAGACUGCCGCUGAGAACGCUGAGAAGAUUGAAGACGAGCUGAAAGCAGAGAAGAGGAAGCUACAGCGAGAGCUACGGACAGCACAGGACAAGAUCGAGGAGAUGGAGAUGACCAACAGCCACCUGGCAAAGCGGCUAGAGAAGAUGAAGGCCAACAGGACAGCCCUUCUAGCCCAGCAGUAGGAGGCAGCCCCUCCACCUGGGUGCUGCUCUGAGGGCUUUGCUGGGAGAUACUGACUCUUGUACAUUGACACAGCCCCUUCCAGUACUGUUUUGAGUCUUGUCAUUAAACAGCCACCUUUGUAUUUUAUAAUUUAUGAGAAUGAAGCAGGUUUAAUCGUUA